AUAAAGUUUUUGCAUUUUAUUUGAGGGGGGUACGGUGGGGUUGCUUCAGAGAUACUGACCGCUGAACACAAUAAUCGUCGUCGUUCUGUUUCAUAAUCCAAGAUGGCGGACGAAGAACCUGUAAGGAAAAAAAGCUGUAAAGAUCAUCCUUCCUUUCUCUAUACAGCCAGAGCUCCUGUGAAUAUUGCCGUUGUCAAAUAUUGGGGGAAGAGAGAUGAGAAACUAAUCCUGCCAGUGAAUUCAUCUUUAAGCGUGACAUUGAAUCAGGAUGAGCUAUGUACGACAACAACUGUUGUAGCAAGUCCUGAUUUCCCAUGUGAUUCUUUGUGGAUAAAUGGAAGGGAACAGCCAAUUGCAGAUGCACCAAGAAUUCAAAACUGUCUUUUCAGAAUUCGAGACAAAUGCCAGCUAGAGUCACCCCAGAGAUGGCAGGAACUCAAAGACUGUCAUUUACAUAUUGCAUCUAAAAACAAUUUUCCUACUGCUGCUGGUCUUGCAUCGUCUGCCUCUGGUCAUGCUUGUCUCGUGUUUUUACUUUCCAAGCUUUUUCAUCUUAAAUGUGAGUUGUCUGGCCUUGCAAGGCAAGGAUCUGGCAGUGCUUGCCGCAGCAUAUAUGGUGGUUUUGUUGUCUGGUCAAAGGGCGAACAUGAAGAUGGAACAGACAGCAUAGCAAAACAGAUUAUGCCCUCUGAACAUUGGCCAUCAUUGAGAAUCCUCAUUCUUGUGGUGAAUGACCAGAAAAAGUCAACUUCGAGUACAGAAGGAAUGAAGAGAAGCGUUCAAACCAGUGAACUUCUACAGCUCAGAGCAACAUACUGUGUACCCCAGAGGAUGAAAAAUAUGGAAGAAGCAAUAAUUCAUAAGGAUUUUGAAACCUUUGCUGAAUUAACUAUGAAGGAGAGUAACCAGUUCCAUGCUGUCUGUCAAGACACAUAUCCUCCAAUAGAACCACCCUACUUGAGCACUACCUCACAUAGCAUUAUACAACUCGUUACAGCUUACAAUCAGUAUCACAAAAAUACUAAGGUAGCAUAUACUUUUGAUGCUGGUCCAAAUGCUGUAUUAUUUCUACAAGAGAAAGACGUUUCUGAAAUGGCAGCAUUAAUCCAACACUUCUUCCCUCCACUAGACACUAAAGGGUUUAUCAAGGGAAUUCCAAUUCAAGAAAUACCAAAAUUGUCAAAAGAUCUUCUAGAAUCGAUGGCAAUGUAUCCGGUUCCGUCUUCUAUCAAAUACAUCAUAAGUACAAAGGUCGGUAAUGGACCAAGUAUGAUUGCCAUGGACAGUGAUGAACAUUUGCUGAAUGAAGAUGGCUUACCUCACUAACAGCCUUCUAUAUCUAAAUAUUUUGUGUAAUAUAAAAUAAACUUUGUUAAAAAAGAAA